AUGUUGUUACUGCCUCUAUUGGUUGCUUUGCCAGGCUUGAAUGUAGUCGAGAGCCGAAAAACACUGGCUGUGGAGCACUAUGUUGAGUACUGUGCUGUGAGCUGCAGAGCUUACAGUGCCUCAGUGACGGAGUUUGGAGCGGUUGGCGAUGGACAAACUUCGAACACGCGGGCCUUUCAGACGGCUGUAGAUCAUCUGAGUCAGUACUCGUCGAACGGCGGGUCUCAACUUUAUGUUCCACCAGGAAGAUGGUUGACUGGUAGUUUCAAUCUCACCAGUCAUUUCACUUUGUUCCUGCACAAAGAUGCAGUCAUUCUUGCCUCUCAGGACGAAAGUGAGUGGCCGGUGAUUGAGCCCUUACCGUCUUAUGGUCGAGGGAGGGACACUCAAGGCGGACGAUAUAGCAGUCUAAUUUUUGGAACCAACCUCACUGAUAUAGUCAUAACAGGGGACAAUGGAACAUUAGAUGGACAAGGUGAAGUGUGGUGGCAAAAGUUCCAUAAGGGGGAGCUUAGCUAUACCAGGCCUUACCUGAUUGAAAUCAUGCACUCAGAUGAUAUUCAGAUAUCGAAUCUGACUUUGGUUAAUUCUCCAUCCUGGAAUGUUCAUCCUGUUUAUAAAAUUGAAUGCAACAACAUUGUUGUUCGAGGCAUCACAAUUCUCGCUCCUGUGAAUUCGCCAAAUACAGAUGGGAUCAACCCUGACUCUUGCACGAACACGCGGAUUGAGGACUGUUAUAUAGUGUCCGGGGAUGACUGUGUGGUUGUGAAAAGUGGUUGGGAUGAGUAUGGUAUAGCUUAUGGAAUGCCAACUAAGCAGCUGGUGGUUAAAAGACUCACUUGCAUUUCUCCAACCAGUGCUGUGAUUGCUUUAGAAGAUUAG